AUGGCAGGGUUAAACAUGUGUAUGAGCGUUUGUGUAACAGCACAACAGGAGAACACACUGUUAAUCCGUGUCCAGAUAACAACCAACUUAUCAACAAAUGGUAAUGUUGAUUCAAUGCAUCCAGCUGAUAUCAUGAACUACACUAUUGACGUAAAUAGAUAUAGCCUAGACCUUAAUGGAAUAACGUCCUUAGUGUUAGAAAUAAACACAUGCACGUGGGCACGUGUUCUUCUGUCAAGUUCAGGUGUCAGAAACUCGUCAGAACCAUUUUAUGAUAUUGUUUUUAUAAAUAACAAUUUCGAUUAUUUCUUUUUGUACAUUGCCUACCGCACAGAUGAUUCUGAAAAAUACAAAUAUAAACGAUUUGUCCACCAGAUUGAAAUGAACUGCACUAUGUAUCUACCAUUCUGGAUUAGUUGGGCAGGUGGAGACAUUAUAUUCGGAACUGGGAUUAACGUUAGUGCAAAUGUUUUGGGAAAUGUCACAAACACAAAUAAUUUUGAAGUGAGAAGUAUUGGAGUAUUUACACAUGGGCAUGAAGAAAGAAAUUGGAAAAUACAAAUUGAAGUUUCAGACAAAUUUGCUGGAUAUUUUGACAGCUGUAGUAUGGAUAAUACCAAGUCUGACAUGGUUGUUGUCGGUGAAAUAAAAUGUUCAGAAAUGAGAUGUGCUACUAGCUGUGGAAUGUCAAAGACUUGUAUGGGUUAUAAUUUCAACAGCGCCAUGAACAGAUGUGAACUUCUCUGGUUUGGAUCAGACGUUGUGACAGACAUACCACAUCACACUGAAGCCGGAUGGAAAUUCUACAGUAAAUGUUUCAAUGGGAAAACUGCCUGUCUUGGGUGUUAUUUCUAGAUAACUAAUUGAAAGAAAACAGUCCGGGAUAACGAUAUCAUUUGAUGUUUUAAAACUUCUUUGCAUAAACUUGGUGAUUUACUAUUGGGAUUUUAAAGACAGAUGUAAAUUAGCGAUGAUCUAAUAUAGUGAAUCCAUUUAGAAAAGAAAAAAACAAUAAAAUUUAUUUUACAUGCAACUUUAAAAAUCGAGAUCGGGUGGUCAGAGAAGGUAAGCGGCUCCAGGUACUGUUUUCCCUCAAAUCCUUCCUGCAAAAUAUUUAACGUCAAAGGCAUAACCCUUUCAGUGAAACCCGCAUGAUGUAAAUAUGUAUGCUCGUAUCGAAUUACAAUUGAGAUACGUCAAUAUCACACGAUGGAGUGGAGUGUUUCUGCUGGGGAAUGGGAAGUUAACAGUGGGUAAGGUGAAAUUAUCACAAUGUCACAGCUCUAUUUUGAAGUAUUCCUUCUGUGUCAAUAUUGAGAAAAAAAUAUCAAAACCUUUUUAUCUAAGUAGUAUCAUUAGUUUUAACUUCACUUGGAUUUAUGAGAUGCAAUAACAAAUUGUUAUGUCGGUAAUUGAGUGACAGGAUAUAUUCAAUAUAUCUUUAAGUGAUAUGUAAAGAACUUACAAGGUUUUGUUUUCUUCCUUUCAUUUUUUGUAUUAAUAUAUCUUAAAGACUUGGACUUCUCUUAAACUUAGUUUUACUGUGCGUAUUGUUGUGCGGUUUUUUUUUAUAUAUUGGCUAGAGGUAUUGGGGAGGGUUGAGAUCUCAAACAAUAUGUUUAACCCCGCCGUAGUUUUGCGCCUGUCCCAAGCCAGGAGCCUCUGGCCUUUGUUAGUCUUGUAUGAUUUUUAAUUUAAGUUUCUUGUGUAUAAUUCGGAGUUUAGUAUGACGUCCAUUAUCACUUAACUAGUGUACAUAUUUGUUUAGGGGCCAGCUGAAGGACGCCUCCGGGUGCGGGAGUUUGGAAAUUAUUAUGAAACUAAGGUUUCAACUCCCUCAGGCAAAGUUAGCUUUAGAUGAAUUUGGCUAUUUAUUUUAGGUAUUUUUGACAUAUAGCUCUUCAACGAUUGGAAGCCUUCUAUGGUUGGGUUGUUGUCACUUUGACACAUUCCACACUUCCAUUCUCAAUUUUAAUUCUACUAUAUGUAACUACAACCAGUAGGCGUGAACUCUAAGUAACCUUUUUUAUACAGGUUUUUGGUUGAAUAUCAAUCACCCAACAACACAAAUAUGUUAUCAAUUAUAACGUCGAACUUUAGGGAUCAGUUUUGAUAUUUAACAUGUUUAACAAUAAUAAUAACCCAAGUUUUAUAUUUUCGAUUUCUUUUUCAAACAGUAAAGUAGUAAAAAGUGUAGAUUCAACUGCUCUUUUAUGGUUACAAAAGUUAUCAAGACAAAAUUCAUAUACAUUUUUAGUCGUGCAAAAAAUUAUAUUUAGUACAAAACGUAUUAAUACAAAAAUAAUUUAAAGAAUCUUUACAAAUUCGAUGUGAAUUAAAAACAUAAAAAAAUGCUCAUUUCAAAAUUUUGAAAUUUACAUUAAUAAUCAUUUUACUGCUGUUCAUUUUGUUAAAAAAAAAUGGUUUACAGUAGACAUUUGUAAGGCGGUAACGCAUUUAACUUGCUACGUUUGAUGAAAAGAAUAUUGCAGAUGUGGAAUCUUAAUAAAUUGAAGGUCCCAUUAAAAUCGUCAUCUUUGUCUCUUACAUUAUGUCCUGUUAUUACUUAGUUUAAUACUAAUACUUUUAUACUGCUGCUUCCGUAACCUCAAAUGUUUUAUUAUUGUGUUUCAUUUUUAAGAGGUAUAUAACACUUCAUUAUAUGUUAACCUACAAAUGUAAAUUUUUCUUAAUAUAGUUCAAUGUAUAUAGUGCGUCCACAAACACAUUAAUGAUUUUACCUACAUCCGGAACGAUCACUUUUUUGCAAAAUAAUAAAUCAAAAUUUAAGUCAAGUUACUUGGUCUUUUUUAGUUUGACAUUUUCAUUUGAGCUACAUUAAAAUUAGAUAGGAAAAAUAUUGUGGAAAUUAAUGUCAUGUUAUAAUUUUUUUUUUUUUAUCAAAAAUGUCAUAUGGGAAAAAAGCUUUUGAUUGUAAAGAAAAGUUCAAGAUUCUAUCAACAUCGUAACUUUACAAACAACACAUUUUGUUAUGAUCAUUCAACAUAAAAUAGUCUUUUCAUAUUUUGCAUUUUGAUAAUAAAUUGUAUUAUUUUUCAUUAAUGUAUUAAUUUAAAUGAGUAAAUACUACUAAUCAUAGUACAUAACAUAUCAUUAAAUCAUUUAUAUAAACCUGAUUCAAGAGUUAAAAGCAAUUCUCUUCGAAGAUUUGUGUUUUCAUAGUAUGAUGGUAGAUCUAGACUACAAGCAUAAAUGAUUUUAAACUGCGCUAUACAAUUCUUGAUUUACGAUGUAUAAUUUCAGUGACAUAUGCAUAUUACAUGCAAAUCUCCAAAUUCAUGACAUAUUCCCAAACUUACGUAAUGAUAUAGCUGAUUUGGUCCCUAUUCAAAUUGAAAUUAGGUGAAUGUUAUGGAACACCUGUUUCACAAAUGACCAUGUGUAUGUUUCGUAUGCUGUGACCACAUCGUCCUCCUUUUCUUUACUUUUAACAGAAAACGGGUUAUUCGAGUCUUACUCUUUACGAGCAAUACAUGUACGUCCUGUGCUACUCAAUAAGUAGAAGGAGACUACUCAUCCGGGUAAUUUGUCCUCACCAUUAUUUGUGGGAUUCAGUCACUUAAGGUGGUACCCAACGCCUUGACUAAAAUUUUGUUAUAACAUUUACUUUGACCCUUUGAAAAAAAUAGAAAAAUUUCAAAAAACUUGAGCCACCACUUUCUCGGACAAAAUUGGUUGGAUAUAUGGCAGUUUGACAAACCCUUAUUUUGAUCAUCGAGAAGCUUAAUAUUUCCUUAACAAUACAAUGUGAUUAAAACGUUUAGCUGAUUUAACAGAAUUAUCUCCCUGUAGUGUUAGGUACCACCUUAAUCAUAGUUUUAUACCUUUGAAUAUAAAUAGUUUUAACCUGAAAAAAAUGGACAUAACAAUGUUUAACGUGUGAGGUGAUUUAACUUGCUACGUUGGAUGUAUAGAAUAUUGUAACAGUCGAAUGAUAAUUAAUAAAUGGUCUCCAUUAAAAUCGUCAUUUUUCUCUUACAUUGUGUCCUGUUAUUGAUAGAUUAAAUACUUUACUUUUAUACUUCUGCUUACGUAACCUUCAUUGGUCUAUUUAUUUUUUUUAAAUGUUUUAAGAUGUAUAUAACACACCAUUGUACAUAUUUCUUUAUAGAUGCCAUUUUAUGUUGUGCUUCUAAAGAACAUAAAUAGUUUUACCUUACAUUCGGAACGAUCGAUUUUUUUUUACUAGAACUGCAAAAUAUUAAAUCAAAAUUUAAGUCAAGUGAGUCAUUUUAUUCUAAUAAUUUUAUUUGGGCUAUAUAACAAACAACUAGUAAAAAAGUUGUGGAAAUUAUUAUGAUAUUAUAAUUAAUUUAAAAAAGCUUUUGAUUUUAAAGAAAAGUUCAAGAUUCUAUGAACAUCGUUUGCUUUACAAACAAAACAUUUUGUUAUAAGCAUUUAACAUGAAAUAUUCUUUAUAUUUUGCAUCUUUAAAAUAAAUUGUAUAGUUUUUUAUUGAUGUAUUAAUUCAAAUGCGUGUAUAUUCCUUAUCAAUU